UGGAGCCCGAUCAGUCAACCACGUAGCGGACGAGUCGGUCAACGGGUCGGUAUCCUGGUGCCAUGACGCACAGCCAUGUAACAUGUAUGUGUCAAAUUGGAUGACCAGGUUGGGUAUGUUUCAAAGAUGGGCCACAUUUGAUCUCAUCCCACAAAACUGUCGCUGUAAAUGCAAAUUAGAGUGACCAACACUGCUGCAGGCUGAGUGCAGGCCUUGUGGGUCUUUUUUUAGCAAUGCCGAAUCAAGACUAGCGUGUUUCUUGCAGUUGCCAAUUUGGGUUUUGUCAUAUUUUGUCAGUGUUUUGUCCGCAUGAUCGAAUCCUUGGCAAUAGCUGCACUGGUUCAAGACCAGUGGCAGUUUACUUCCCUCAGCAUGGCACAGGUUCGACCGGAGCUGCCAAACCAUGAAGUGUCGGGGCGCACCGUGGGCACCGUGGGGACACAAGGAACCACGUCCAGCGGAAGGAGGAGAAGUUCCUUAACCAGGCAGAUUUCCAUGAUCGUGGCCAAGACACAAACUGGCGCAUACACCUUGGAAGUGGAUCCACUGAUGCCCUUGGUGAUCUUCUCCGGCGUCGUUCUUGCGGGCUGCGCGGGGAUGGUGAAUGCCAUCGCCUUCGAAACCGCCGAGACGUUGGUGAGCCACGUCACCGGCACCGUCUCCAAGGUGUCCCUCCAUGCAGUGGGGGAACACGCAGAUGCCGGCAAGAUGGUUUUGAUAGUGACCUUCUUCGUCUCGGGCAGCAUGAUCUCGGGGUGCAUGAUCAAGAAGAGCGCGGUGAAAAUGGCAUACAUGGGCUAUGGACUAGCCAUGACCAGCUCAUCACUGCUCUUGGUGCUCUCGCUGAUUUUAUUCAAUGCCUCCAAAGAUGUGGCGGUUUACCUACUUUGUGUCGCGUGUGGACUCCAAAACGGCAUCAUGUCCUCCUACACGGGCUCGGUCAUUCGCACGACGCAUAUGACGGGCAUCGUUACCGAUAUAGGGCUCAUCGUUGGGAGGCAUAUCUCAGGCUUCGUGAAGCGCAGAUGCUGCCGUAGAAUCCAUUUUGCAGAUGAGGAGCCAGGCGAAGUCAGGAAACUGGUGCUUCUCCUGCUGCUGCUCUUGAGUUUCCUGAUAGGAGUUGCUGCUGGCAGCGGACUGGCUCAAGCACUCCACGAGAUUAGUUUGUUGGUGCCUGCGAUUAUCGCUUUUUUGGCUGGUAGUGGCUACAUGCUGUGGACAUACCUGCGGGACGAUAUCCAGGAGGAAGUGAAGCUCUUGCGGGAAGCCAUGGAGGCGCCCACCUCGCCCACCUCGCCGACGGCGGAGCCACUGAAGGCUAAACAAGAUGGGCCUGACAGUCCACAAGCUGAGGGAAAGGAGUGCCAACCGUUUGCCCCGGAGGUGAGUGACUUGAAGCCGGAAGCUCCGCCAGAGGGUCCCUGAAGACUUGUGCCGCGCUGAACACGAUUCGUGUGAAGAUUUAGAGUUGUUGACGGAUGAGAGUGGCACAUGGGUAUUCACAUGGGUGGCACCUUGCAGGAUGGGUGGCACCUUGCAGGCUGCCCAGAGUCGGGUUCAACUCUUUGUAGUUCUUGUACGAUGGAUGACAUCUGGACCAAUCGAACAGAUUCAAAACGCGGAGCGUUUUUUUUUUUCGCCGGCCAUGCAUCAACGGGGGAAUUUGCAGGAUGAAACAGUCGGAACAUGACAUGUAUUGACUCGGAAACCCUUUGGAGUUUGUGUUGAAGGGCGAGAAAUUGACAACUAUUGAGUAGGUUUGUCCCAAAUGUGUCUCCAGAACCUACUCAAGUACUGCAAGUAUCUCACCAUCUCACACCCGCGCCCAGGUCGGCUGCGUUCCUCUCCAGAGUUUUCUCAGCUGUGUUCCGUUUACAGACCCAGCUUUGUCCAGUUUUGCUAAGCAAGGCUGUGACACAUGGGGAUGUCUCAAAAUCAGGGAACCCUUCGCCCAGUGGGUGUUCAUCAGUUUCCCUCGUACAAGGGAUCUUUGCGGGGUCGGUUUUCAUUUUAAGACAACCCACAUCCUCCCAGUGGAUCCUUGACUUAUCUUGACUUCACUAGGCAAUGCCAAGCAGUUUCCCUUUUCGUGGCCUUUUGAGCAUGAUCGGAUCCACUGGGUGUUGUACAGAGAGAUCUCCAUUGCCAUCAAUUGCGGUGGAAAACAGCCAUUCGUGGCGUGGAGGAGUGGAGUCGAACGGUUUUCUCAAAGAACGGC